AUGCGAUGGCUCUGGAAGAGUCCAUUCGGGAAAGGACCUUUGGGAACCUUGAACGCCGUGAGUCUCGUCAAGAUGAUAAGGAGUGCGACUCUGCAUCUCGUGCUCGCCAUCGCCGUCGCCUCCCGAAGCCCGCUCCCAUCGAAAUCAUCCAAGGCCACGCUGCUAACCAGAAUUUUUCUCCCCCGACAGGUUCUCGCGGUCGACCUUCUCAACCCUACGCCUCAGGCCGAGGCCCGCAAGCACAAGCUCAAGCAACUUGUGCCUGCUCCCCGCUCCUUCUUCAUGGACGUCAAGUGCCCCGGCUGCUUCACCAUCACCACCGUUUUCUCCCACGCCCAGACCGUCGUCGUCUGCGCCGGCUGCUCGACCGUCCUCUGCCAGCCCACCGGUGGCAAGGCCCGUCUCACUGAGGGCUGCUCUUUCCGCAGAAAGUAG